AGGGGGGGGACCCUCCACAUCACCUCCCGCCCCCUCGCCUCACCGGCGGCAGGCCGGGAUGGCGGCCACGGGCCGCUGUCCCCGACACCCCCAUCCCUGGGGCCGAGGGAAGCGGGACCCGGAGCGGAGGGACCCCACGCUCCGGUUUCCACGUGAGCGAGUGCCACCCCUGUCCCUGCACUCCGUCCUGUGAACCUGGCCAUGCCCAGCCCUGCCCGCCGCCCCCCCAGCGCCGCGGUGCCAUCGGGGCUCCCCAUGAUCCCGGCGGAGGGUUCGGCGCUGCUGCGCGCCGUGUCCCAAGGGAAAUUCCGCCUGACCCGGCUGCUGCUGGAGGGAGGAGCCUACAUCAACGAAGGCAACGCCGCGGGCACGACGCCGCUGAUGGCAGCGUGCCGCGCUGGCUACGCCGAUCCGCCUGAGCAGCCGCGGAUGGUCCAGUACCUUCUGGAGAACGGUGCCGAUCCCAACAUUCCUGACAAAUCUGGGAAGACAGCACUCAUGCACGCCUGCGUCGAGCGCGCCGGCCCCGCUGUGGCCGCCGUCCUGCUGGCCCACGGCGCUGACCCCAGCGCCCGGGAUUACGCGGGCGGCUCCGCGCUGCUUUACGCCUUGGAGCGCGGGGACCGGGAGACGCUGCAGGUGCUGCUGGAUGCGUGUCGGGAGCGCGGGCGCGACGUCAUCAUCAUCACUUCGGCCACGUCGCCCCGCGGAACCAAGACCACCCGGCAGUACCUGAACUCGCCCCCGUCGCCUGCGCUCUGCGCGUCCCCCUCCCAGGUGCAGGUGCGGGCGGCGGCGUCGCCCGGUGCUACCGCGAGGGACGAGGAGCGCGACGUGUUCCGCUUUCCGCCCGCGGCUCCAAGCACCGCUCCAGAACCGGCCCGGGCCGGGCCCAAGAGGCAGCUAAAGAGGCUCAACUCAGAGCCUUGGGGGCUGGUGGUGCCGGGGGUGGAGGGGACGCGGGGGCAUUCGGAGGAGACACAGGGAAGCCUGGAGGGGACACAGGGACCCCCGGAGGGAGCACGGAGGGCCUUAGUUGAGAUACGGGGACCCCUGGAAGGGACACGGAGACCCUUGGAGGGAACACAGGGCCCCUCAGAAAGUUCGUGGGGUUCCCCUGAGGGCCCACGGGCACCCCUGGAAGGGAUGUCGGCCGCCCUGGAGCGGCUUGCAGGGGGGCUGGAGGGGCUGCAGCUGCGCCCGCGCCGGCACAGUGUGGAGGGACGCGAGGUCUCGGGGCUGCCAGGAGCCUCCUGGGCAGAACGGGUGCCCCCUGUCCCCACCCCGGGACGUUGGGCCCCAGCCCCUGAUCCUCCGCGGGGCAAACCCCUGCGCCGGGACCCCCCCAAUCCUGAGCCAGCCAUCCCCAUGGCGCUACGGCAGCCGGCUGGGCUGCUGGAGCGCCGUGGCUCUGGAACACUUCCCCUGGAGCCCCCCGGGCCGGGCAGGGCUGGGCUGCUCCCCCCACUGCCCCCCCGAGCACUGCUCCGCCGGCAUUCCAUGCAGCCAGAGGCCCUGCGGCAUCUCGGGGCCUUCUGUGGGGGGCUGGGGCAUGAGCCUGGCUCUUAGGCCCCCCCCGUGAUAUGGCAACCCCCCCAAGCCCAGGCCUCACCCUGGGCUGUGGCACUGUUUGCUCUGAACCAUGCUGAAGGUCAACUGUUCCAUCCCUCUGUUGGCACAAACUCUGCACAACCCCGAAUUCAGGGAGCUGGUGGGUGCAUUCCUGACCCCCAGGCUUCCCCAGUAUCCUCCUCCUGCCUCAUCCUCCCAGAAGCUUUUUCCCCCAGACCCAUCACUGGGGAUCCCCAGGGUAGCUCAGUGGCUCUGAGUAGGGGGGGUGGGGGGGCACAUCUGUGAGCUUGGGGACACAGGGAACAGCCCAGGGCACAGCUGGAUGCUGGCACAGCCAGACACCAGCACAUCUGGGCACAGGGACCCCACUGGGUCCCCACCAGCUGCACAGCCAUUGCUUCCCAAUGCCGGUUUUAAGGAAAAAAAAAAGUGGUUUUCCAAGACCUGAGUUGUUCUACUGCUAGGCUGGGAGGGAUCCCCAGGAUCCUUGGGGAUCCAGCAGCCUGGAUGGGGAGGGAUUAUAGGGAAAAGGGCAUGGGAGGGGCUGGGGAGCAUUAAUGAAGGAUAAAGAACAAGAAGACAAACUUAGACAAAAUCUUGUUAUUUAACAGAAAACAUGGAAUUCCCGGUGGAUAAAUACCACUGCAGAUUUAGGGACCAUUUGCUUGGGGCAUGGAAGAAACUCCUGGGAUGUACUGGGAUAUGGGGCUGGGAAGGACCCCCCCCAAACCUGAAGGAAACCGCCCCCAACCCUCAGAAACUGCUGCUUCCC